AGAGUUGGCCCGGCGCCUGGCCCGGUGCGCGCCUUGCCAUGGACGAAGCGAGUCUGCGGCGAUACCUCGAUGAAGCCGUUGCUGCUGCGCAAGAGGCCGGCAACCUGAUGCUGGAAUGCUUUGCGCGCAACGACGGCCAGUCAUGCGUGGAAGAAAAGGGGACGUCAGUGGACCUGGUGACAAAGUACGACCGGCAGGCGGAGGAGCUGGUCCUUAAGAGGUUGAGGGCCUGUGCUCCCAACUUCCGGGUGGUGGCGGAGGAGACAGCGAACAAAGAGGAGCUGACAGAGGCCCCGACCUGGGUGGUGGAUCCCAUCGACGGCACCACCAACUUCAUCCACCGCCAGGCAGAGUGUUGCGUCCUGAUCGCCCUGGCGGUGAAAAAGUCGGCUGUGCUUGGAGUGUGCUACAUCCCCAAGAUGGAUGAGCUGUACACAGCGAUCAGGGGCCACGGCGCGUAUUGCAAUGGCAGACGGAUAUCAUCAAGCGGCUGCAAGGAUUUGAGAAGCGCCAUGGUCAAUCAGCAUUUGCCGAGCUAUUCCCGUGGGGUUAAGGUGGUAGACAGAAUCAUGGGCUUGAGCCGGGACCUCUUGACGCACCCCGUGCGGGCCAUGCGCUGCGGGGGCUCGGCUGGGGUGGACAUGAUGCACGUGGCGCGGGGCCGGCUGGACGCCUACUUCGAGGUAGGCAUUUGGCCCUGGGACGUGGGCGCAGGGCAGGUCAUCGUGGAAGAGGCCGGCGGCGUUUGCCGCGACACCCUGGGGGGUGACUUCAGCCUCGAUUCCCGCCGCAUCUUGGCUGCGAGCUCGCCGGAGCUGGCGGAGCAGGUGGCGCAGAUCUUGCGGAAGCACCGUUAUAGCAGUUUGGAUGCUGAAGACUACGAUGGCCCAUCGGAGGAGGGGGUUGCGAAGCGGCAAAAGGCUUGGCCAGGGAGAAGCAGCAGCUAGUGAAUGCAAAGAUGUGAUGGGGGCAGCGAGGCUUCUGUGCGCCGUCGCCCGUGGAGCGAGGAAAA